CAUCGUCGCUGUCGCCGCCGUGGCCAUCGCCGACCCCUUCGUCCGGCUGCAUAUUGCUGCAGUCCCGUCCUUGCAUUCCGUUACAGCCCGAUUUACUCGUUCCAGGAUCGAGCGGCUUCUCUCGGCUGGCCUUUCCUCCGAACCCCAUCUUUUUUACCCAUCUGUCCGUACAGUCCCGUCCUGUCGCCGAUCCCCGCAUCUGUCGCCAUGACUACCGAAUCCGCCGUGCUUGUGCAGCUCUUUCCUUACAGCGCCGACGCCGUCGUCAACCCAAGUCGUCCCUGCGUCAAAUUCCCGCCAUUCGAGCGUCUCCUCGUUCCUGGCACCCACCUCCGCAUCGGCCGCAAGGUCGAUCCCUCAAAAUCCAAGCUCAAAAAGUCUUCCCUGCCCACCGUCCCGGACCUUAUCGAGCCCGCAGCGCCCCAGUCGAAUCUCAGUGCCUCCCUCGGCACCAGCUCCGAGCCACACCCGCAUCUCGCCGCCAACAUCAAUGUCGACCUCUCGACCUCGCCAGCCGCCGGCGGCUUGGUUGGUGCCGCCUCAACUUCGCCCGGAUGGACUGGAGCAAACAUGCCCUCGGCCGCAACCAAGGAACAGUCCGAUGAGUCAGAAAACAUGGUGGCAUUCCGGAGCAAAGUCGUCAGCCGAGAUCAUGCCGAGCUCUGGCUCGACUACGACGGGAAGGUCUACUUGCGCGACCGUGGAAGCUCAUCGGGCACAUUUUUGAAUCGCCUCCGUUUGUCGGCAAGCAGCAAAGAAAGCAAUCCAUAUCCGCUCAAGAGCAACGAUGUUAUCCAGCUGGGCGUCGACUACCAGGGCCGCCAGGAGGAUAUCUACCGUGCUAUCGGUAUCAAAGUCUUCAUCUCCGCCAAGAUCAACAAGCCUAUGGGCGAUCCUUACAGACUCCGUGUUGCCCUAGCCGCCCUCGUUGGUGCCAUGGGCAACUCGCACUCCGUCUCGGAUGCCUGCACAGAGUGCUGUAUAUGCAUCUCCAACCUCAACCCUGGCCAAGCCCUGUUCCUGGCCCCGUGCUCUCACUGCUUCCACUACAAGUGUGUCAUCCCCCUCGUCGACAACGGAUACAUGUUCCAGUGCCCGCUUUGUCGUCAGGUUGCUAACCUCGACGCCGCCGUCGGCGCCGACGACGACGUGCCGCAAAUCACCGACUCGUCUGUCCAGGAAGUCCUCGGCCUGUCCCAGCCUGGCUCCCAUCCCGCUGCGUUGUCCGCAGCCGGACCAAUUCCGUCGCCGCCUUCAGAGCGUGCACCGUCCUCGUAUGCCGCUCAGCAGGCGAUGGAUCUGUCGACUCACUCCCCGUCGCCAGACUCUGAAGAAGUCGAGGGCGCCGAGGUCACCAAUGCCACCCGCUCGCUCGCCAUCGAGAUUCCCAACGCCGCCCGAUCCGCCCUCCGCAGUGAAAUGUCGCCCAGCACGCCGCUGUCGUCCGAAAUCCUGAACGGCAACAUGGGCUCGCACCGAAACACCUUUGUUCCGCCCGCAACACUGCUCUCGCAGUCCCUCUCUGACCGGCGCUCCGAGGAUAGUCAGCGCAGCGGCAUCUUUGGCGGCCUCGCCACUUCUCUGCGCCGCAACCGCAGCGGCCGGAACGAGAGUCUUGGACGCCCCGUGCCUUCGCCGUCGGCGCCGACUCGGCUGGAGCGGAAGCUGACCCGGGUGAUUGCCGAGACGCUUGCAUCGUCUCCUCCGGACAUUCUCGCAAAGUUUGUGCAAGAAAACGGCGACCUCCUCGAGGAGAUUUUCGAAGAGUUCCCGGACUUGUUUUCGCAGCAACGUCGCAUCCUGUUGCGGGAUAUGGUCGAGGAAGCCGAGCUGUCACACCCGCAUGCCCUGAAUGCCAUGGCGGCGACCCAGUCUCCUCCAGUGGCAACGUCGAGCCAGUCUCCAAGUGGCAGCGCGAGCCUCUCCCGAUCGUUGUCGCCCCAGGCCGCCCACAUACGGACUCCUUCGAACUUGGGGCUCGUUCAGCGGGCAAAGUCGAUGCUCAAGGGCAAAUCCAAUGGGGGUGAUUCAUCGCUAUAGCCAGCUUUAGAUGCGUGGGAUACUCGUUUUCUUUCUUUCUUUCUUUCUUU